UCCGCCACCAAACUCCGGGGCUCGGCGGGGCUUGGGGCCACCUCCUCCUUAGCCAGGAGGAACCCUCUCCCGAUAGGUUUCAGCCUGACUUUUCCCUCCCCAUUUCUUUCUUCUUCCUCUCUCUCUCUCUUUUUUUCCCCAAUACAUUUUUCCUGCCUUCGGACCUCGGACUGCUGCAGCCCGAGCCUUCCCGGGGCUCAGCUCUGGGGCUGCUCAUCCCUCCGGCUGCGAGCAGGGACGCGCGCCCAGCGUCGGGGCGAAGAAAAGAAGAAAAACUUGUCGGAGGGGUUUCGCCAUCCCACAGUAACCCCCUUCCCGCAAACCCAAACCUUCCGCGGGGGCCACCCUAGGACUGGGGAAAGUUCCUUCCGAGCCGACAGCCCUCUUGGAUUUGGACAGGCACCCGCGCUGGCUGAGGAAUUAGAUCUGUUUUGAACCCAGUGGAGCGCAUCGCGGGGGCUCGGAAGUCACCGUCUACGGGCACCGGGGUGGCGCUGCUUGUGCGGAAGGGAGAGUUUGCCAGCCCCAGCUCAAGUGGCCUUUCGUCUCCGCAAUUGUUGUGUGUCUGGGGUGAGGGCUGCGAGUGUCGUGGCAAGUUGUGAAGAGAGACCUGGAGGUCCGGAGAGGACUGCGCUCCCCUCGCUCUCCCUUCUUCCUCUUCCCGGCUCCCGGGUGUGAAGUCCCAGAGAAAUUUACAAAGGCCUCUGCAUCCCGCCGAGACCAGUCCUCAGCGUUCGGCCCCGUUGUCCCCAUUCCCAGCGGGAGCCCCGGGGCACAGGGUGCCGGAGAAGUACUGGCGGGGAAGGGGAGGGAGGUCGCGGCAGCGGCAUGGCGAGGUUCCCGAGGGCCGACCUGGCUGCUGCAGGAGUUGUGUUACUUUGCCACUUUUUAAUGGACCGGUUUCAGUUCGCUGAAGGGAAGCCUGGAAACCAAGUCAAUGAUUGGCACUAUCAGGUUGCUCAGGCCUUCCCACAAACAGAAGAGGAGGUGGAGGUGGAUUCCCAUGCAUUCAGCCACCGGUGGAAAAGGCACUUGGAUUCUCUCAAGGUGGUAGACUCAAACCGAGCCAGCCUGGGCCAAGACUCCCCAGAGCGCAGAGGCUUCACGGACCUGCUCCUGGACGACGGGCAGGACAACACCACCCAGAUUGAGGAGGACACAGAUCAUAAUUACUAUAUAUCUCGGAUAUAUGGUCCAUCUGAUUCUGCCAGCCGGGAUUUGUGGGUGAACAUAGACCAAAUGGAAAAGGACAAAGUGAAGAUUCAUGGAAUACUGUCCAAUACUCAUCGACAAGCUGCAAGAGUGAAUCUGUCCUUCGAUUUUCCAUUUUAUGGCCAUUUCCUACGUGAAAUCACUGUGGCAACUGGGGGUUUCAUAUACACUGGAGAAGUUGUACAUCGAAUGCUAACAGCCACACAGUACAUAGCACCUUUAAUGGCAAAUUUUGAUCCCAGUGUAUCCAGAAAUUCAACGGUCAGAUAUUUUGAUAAUGGCACAGCGCUUGUUGUCCAGUGGGACCACGUACAUCUCCAGGAUAAUUACAACCUGGGAAGCUUCACAUUCCAAGCAACCCUCCUCAUGGAUGGACGCAUCAUCUUCGGAUAUAAGGAAAUUCCUGUCUUGGUCACACAGAUAAGUUCGACCAAUCACCCAGUGAAAGUGGGGCUGUCAGAUGCAUUUGUCGUUGUCCACAGGAUCCAACAAAUUCCCAAUGUUCGAAGAAGAACAAUUUAUGAAUACCACCGAGUAGAACUACAAAUGUCAAAAAUCACCAAUAUUUCAGCUGUGGAGAUGACCCCAUUGCCUACAUGUCUCCAGUUUAAUGGUUGCGGCCCCUGUGUAUCCUCUCAGAUUGGCUUCAACUGCAGUUGGUGUAGUAAACUUCAAAGAUGUUCCAGUGGAUUUGAUCGCCAUCGGCAGGACUGGGUGGACAGCGGAUGCCCUGAAGAGUCAAAAGAGAAGCUCUGUGACACCACAGAGCCAGUGGAACGUUCUACCCAAACCACCACCAUACGAGCCACGAGCACACAAUUCAGGGUCCUGACGACCACCAGAAGAGCAGCGACACCCCGGCUGCCCACCAGCCUGCCCACAGAAGAUGAUACCAAGAUAGCUCUACAUCUAAAAGAUAAUGGAGCCUCUACAGAUGACAGUGCAGCCGAGAAGAAAGGGGGAACCCUUCACGCCGGCCUCAUCGUUGGAAUUCUCAUCCUCGUCCUCAUUAUAGCCGCAGCCAUCCUUGUGACAGUCUAUAUGUAUCACCAUCCGACGUCGGCAGCCAGCAUCUUCUUUAUUGAGAGACGCCCAAGCAGAUGGCCUGCGAUGAAGUUUCGAAGAGGUUCUGGCCAUCCUGCCUAUGCUGAGGUUGAACCAGUUGGAGAGAAAGAAGGUUUUAUUGUAUCAGAGCAGUGCUAAAAUUUCUAGGACAGAACAGCACCAGUGCUGGCUUACAGGUGUUAAGACUAAAAAUUUGCCUAUACCUUUAAGACACACACACACACACACACACACACACACACACACACACACACACACACACACACACACACACACACACACACACACACACACACACACACACACACACACACACACAAGCCCUAAGCUGCUGUAGUCAGAAGGAGAUGAGAUUUCUGGACAAGCCCAGCCCAGGAAGGGUUAAAAAAUAAAAACCCUAAAACUUAUAGAGGAUACCUAUUACCACUGAACGUAGAAUUCCCUAGUGGAAUGACCUCUAUAGUUCACUCAGCACAUCUCCUGUGGACUUAUCAGAAAUAUGACAAGAUUACAAUGCUGUUGGCUUAAGGUGCAGGGUUGCAAAGGGAUCAAGACAAAAAAUAAUAAAGCUUUAGUUCACGAGGGAUCUACACCUUGGUUCAAAUAUUCUUCUCUGAUAACUGUGUUCCACAGCCUGAACCCAUUCACUCAAAAGAGCAAUGAUGAAUAUUUCAGUUUGCUGAGAAAAGGAGCUGAUGCAGGAGCAAAACCAAACACAAAAUAAGAGGUUUUUCUGUCUUUUCACCAGACAUGUGGCUAAAGGGUUUUGUUUUUCUGGUCUAGACCCACCUGUUCCAACAAGUUCAUCACUUUACAGGAUGAAUCUUUUACCUGUCCUGGAGGUUCUGACUCCACCUCCGUCUUCCUUGUUCUGGUUGCCCACUCUAUGAGCAGUGACAGAAUCGCAGCCUUUUAGCUAAGUGUGAGAAAGGAGGGAGAGGCAAAGGAGGCUUCUGGUUCCCCUGCCUCAGAGUUAAACAUCUGAUUUGUUUUAAGAAAUAUUGCCUCCACCGCCCACUGUGAAGUCCUAUGAAGCCACAGUUGCUCUUGGCUGAAGGAAACAGAAGGAAACAAUACGAAGAGUUCCUUAAUCGUUUUUGAGGCAAAAACGUUAAGGGAUUCUAAACACAUGGGGUUUUUGUUUCCGCUUUUUACGUUUUGCCGUUUCAGUCCGAAAGGCCCAUUUCAUUGUCAAUUCCAAUCUAAGAAGCCAUUCAAGGCAGCACAUCCCUGGCGAUAAAAAGAAGGAAAGAACCCUGCUGAAUCAUACAGUAAUUUUCUUUAAAGCACAUAGUAGUUACAUAAAUAUAUAUAUAAAUAUAUUUUGUUUAUAACUAACACAAGGCAGGCUCUUGUGACUCAGUGCAUUUUGUCAUCAAGACAAAACAAAUGCGAGAUGCAUUACUGCAUACUUCCAUAGAGUUGUAAAAUAAUCCUUAAUAUUAGAAUAUUUUUAUGUCACUUAGCAGAAGUGGUUCAAUUAGUUGCAGUGCCCAUCAUUUUCCUGCCUAUUUGAUCUGCUCUCCCAUUCAUAUCAACCCCUUUCCCUCCCUGGUGAAAUAAAGCAGAUGCAAAAAGCUCCUUAGAUGGAUCUGUCAUUUGCCUCAUAAUCACAGUCCAGAUUUUGAAACCUCCCCAUGAAUGAAGACAGGAAAUUCAUCCCUGGAGGAGGAAAGUGGUUAAUAUAUAUACUGAGCUCCUAAAGGUUAAAUUCAGGUACUGUGUGUACAAUUUCAUCAACAUCUCGACCCAUGAAACUUAUGUCUUGUGCCAAGAAGCUAUUGGUUUCUGUAGGGUACCGUGUCCAACAUUUGCAGAUUCAGGUAUCAAGAAGCAGAGAUGUCUCGUAAGCAGCACUUUACUACCAACUUAGCAUCUAUACACAUGUCUACAUCGAAUGACAUCAGUCCACUGACAGAGUAUCAUAUUUUAUCAUCACAAUUGUCUGAUGUAAACUCAUGCCAUUUUCCAUCAAGUAUAUUUUGCUUUACAUUUUUAAGUACCUGAUGAGGGUGAUAAUUUUUUCCUAACCUGCUUAGAUAAUAAUUGCAAAAAAAUUGACAAGCAAGGUGAUUGAAGGUUGUGAUGACAAUCUCUCUGCUAUAGCUACGUUCAGUUUAUAGGAAAUAACCCAACUUAUUUCUUGUGGAGUAGGUUUGGUCAGUUAGCAAUAACCAAAUGACUUGCCAAUGUAACUGGUGCAACGGGUACUCUACAAAGACAUAAGGAACACAUAGACGAUUCCUUCUAGGAUAAGAUGAUGCUUCUUUCACUGGCUUUUGUGUUAGGUGUGGCUUCCAAUAGGAGAUGAUUGACAGUUAUAUAAGUCAUGCAUAUAUAUAUCCAACUCCUUUUGCAAUUCUUUGAAGUAGUAAUGUUAUCUUUAUUCCUUUCGAAGCUCGUCUUCCAUUUUCGAUUCAAAAACAUCGACAAUUCUGUAAAAUAACAUAAAACUCUAAAUUGUUCAAUGAACUAGAGCACCCAGUAAUAGGGAAAACUUUUCAGAGGUAAAAAGGGCUGCUGAAGUGUGGAAAAACUUCCCAACCAAACCCAAAGUUAAAGGUGGUAAGAGGUUUCUGUUGUUUAUGAAUCUUUUAGUGGUAAGGAGGAAGGCUGGCUGAAUCCCUUUUUUUCAUGAAACUUUCAUUCUACUCUAUAUCUCUGGUUUGUUCUUCGUGCCCAUUUACUGCAAAGGAAGAGCAGACAUACACGAAGUUUCUGGAAAGUCAGAAUGGACUCUGAUGCUUUGGACUUUACAUAUAUUAUGUAUUAGAAAGGGUGCAUCUGUACAUUACUUAAUAUAUUAUGAACAUAGUAGAGAGAGAAUAAAAAUAAUUUUACAAAUUAUGAAUAGCAAAGGAACACAUACAACGUUCUGGAGAAAUAGAUAAAUGGUGCUACAGAGGAAGUUAGUUAUUUCAUCUUAAUUAUUUGUAAAAACAUUUAGUGAAUAGGUAAAGAUACUAAAAGUCAAGAAAAAUAUCUUAAGCCAACACUUGACCACAGUGUUGGUUUGUUUAUGACAGGUUUGGACUUCAAGAUAUACUAACAACUAGAAAGCUAAAGAUAAAUAAUAAAGUACAGUUUAUCCCCCAUUAUUAUUUUAGUUUGCGAUACCUAGGGCAGUUGCUCAUCUCUCUCACAGGGAGCUUCUAGAAUGUGCUGUCCAAUAUUAUACCCAUUAGCCAAGUGUAGCGCUUUAAAUUAAUUAAAAUUCAAUAAAAAUAAAAAUUCAGUCACACUAGCCCUAUUUCAAGCACCCAGUAGUUACGUGUGGUUCAUGGCUACCAUAUUGGACAACACAGAACACUCCUGUCAUUGCAGCAAAAUUCUACUAACACUGCUGUAGAGGUCUUUCCUUUUAACACCCUCCCCUUGAAGAAAAGGAGGAGGAGAAGAAAUAGAUUUGAUAGUUCCUGGGCCUAUCUAAGCGUUUUUGCUCGCAGAGAGGCAGCGUAGAGUAAUGAAAAGAAUCCCAGCUGACGCAGCUUUGAGUCUCCACUAUGUUAUCUUGGGAAAAUCACUUUAACCGCCAUGAGUCUCAAUUUGCAAGUUUGGAAAAUAAAAAUAUUUUUGUCCUGUCUUCCUUGCAAGAUUAUUAUUAUGUAGAUUGACUAAAUGUAUAGACUUUUAAAACUUUAUGUCAACAGAAGCCAUGUAAAGCACAUCUGUUGGUCCAGUACCAGCACAGCUUUGUAUUCCAAGGGAAAAAAGUCCAUCAAUCCUAAAAGCAUUCAAAGACAGUCAAAUCAAUACAGUUCUUGAGAAAAUGCCAAAGGAGAAUCCGCUCAAACCACACAGAACUGCUUAAAUUCUUUUUUUCCCGUAUUAAUAUUUUCUCUUAAUAUUUCCUCUGCAUGACAUCAGCCUCAACUAUCCCUCCUCUCCCACAACAAAGUCCCUGUGUGCACCCUUCCUCUGGCUCAGCUCUCUAUCGUACAGAGCCACUGAGCCUCUCUAGUUUCUUCUGAUUUCCCAGUUUUCUCUUCACAACAAAGGGAAGCUCAGGAGCUGACCAGCAGGCUUCUCUAGAAGAAAGUAUCUCAAACAAAUAAUUUCAAAUAUGUGUUUUAUCCCUAUCACACAAAUGUAAGGGGCUGUCACAUUAAAAUAUAAAAAUAUGUGGAACUUAAUUUUAAAUGUAAAAAUUUGCAAAUGCACACUAUAUGAAAGGAAUAAAAUAAAUUUAAAUGUUGCUAAUAUGUAGAUAAUAUAUAUUCUCAGAUUAGUAUGAUUUAUUAGUUUUGGCAAAAAAUUCUCAUGUUGUUUCCUCAUUCUGAGGGAGUAUAAAUUUGGUAAUGCCCUUAGUGUCUAUAGCCCAGGGCAAAGAACAAGUUUUGCUGGAACCCAUGCCUCGGUUGAAGACACGUCUAUGAUAAGAAAUUAAUAUUUAAGUAAGACUAACUGAAAAAUAGGUGCUAUGGUUGAGGCUUCUUCCUCCUAUGAAAUGUUAUUUUGCUUUGCAUUUCUUCCAGCAUUUUGUAGACAUUUUAUUAUGAUGUGUUUUAUUAAUUCCCAAAGAUUGCUCUUGUUUUCACUUUCCCAGCCUCCAGCUUUUAGCAUCAGCAUCUAUAUGCCAGAAUCACUGGAGGUCAUCUCAUCCGACCUCUUCAUUUACAGAUCAGAAAAAUUGAGGCCCAGGAGAUAUAGUAAUUUUCCCAGCGUCAGAACUGGGUCUUGAACUUAAGACUCCUGACUGGUUGUUUUUGUUCCAGUUCCCUUUGCCUACAGCCCUUCAUCAGCAUUUAAGGCCAGCCAAGCAGCGUAGACGGCACACUCUACCUAAAAGCAAAUUUCACUUGCUAUACUGACUCUCUGUUCUGUCUUUGAUAGAGAACAUUGGACCAAUAUUCCUCCAUCACGUGUGUGUCUUAGGAAUGGUACCAUUUUAUAACAGCCGGUAAUUUCAAGUGCUGGCUAUUUCAGAGUCUUCAUUCGGUUUUGCAUGUCCCUUUCUUUCACGCCUACCUGUGGCCACCUAAUUUAGCAAUACUACCUUGUGCCGUAUAAAAUUGUACUGCCUUUGUUUCAUUUCUUCCCAGACGUACCUGAAAACUAAUAAUCUUCAUAGCAGGUUUUCUUACUACAUUAUCAUCAUUCAUUUGAACCUAAGAAGCUUUUUUGAGCAAAUACUAUGAGGUCUGUGGCAUGAUGUAUUUGAUACUCCUACUUCCUUGUGUUUGUAGAGCACUUUACAUUUUACAGAGCACUUUGAUUCAUUUCUUUAUUUGUUCGUUCAUUCAACCAGCCAAUUCACUUAAAUAUUUGUUGAGCACCUACGGGAACCAAGUUCCUGUGCUAGAUCUCGUGAUAAAUACAAACAGUAAGAGCUCAGGCAUGUCCACUGAUAAUUGUAAUAUGGUGAAAUCCUCCAACACAACUCUGCAAAUGGAUGGGAUCACUAUUACUCUAUCCAAUUUCCAGUUCCAAUUUCUAUUCUACUUAGAUAGGGAACUCUCAAGUAUUGGCCUGAGGAACGUUUCUGAAAUAUGAUACAUCACUGCCCAUCUCUGCUGUUUGCUGUGUUUCAAAGGAUGUGUUAACUUCAUUAAUAAGAGGAACAGUUACUCAUCCAAAAUUGUCCCAGGCCCAGGAGGACUUUCUAGGGCACUUAAAUCCUUCCUGAUCAGGUGUUAGAACAGUUCACUGUCUUACUCUAAUGUUUCUGUGUGGCUUUGUGAAUUACCAGCAUCAUCGUUUCAAGGUCUUCCAGAAGCACCAGUAGAUCAAAGAAACACUUGCACUUUAGGUGUGUGUGGUUGUUUGUCAUUCAUUAGACUGUCUCAGGUUUUCUCAACCUCAGCACUGUUGACACGUUGGGCCCCCUAAUUCUCGAUGGGGGAUGGGCUGGUGGGAGUGGUCCCUUGCAUCAUAGGGCGUUUGGCAGCCUACGGGCUUCUGUUGACUACAUGCCAGUAGCUCACAUACACACACACACCCCAGCUGCGAAAACGAAAGAUGUCUCCAGACAUUGCCAAAUGUCCUCUGGGGUGAGAUUGGGAAAACUACUGAAUUAUCUAAUGGAUAAAAUAUAUCAGGAGGAAAAAAUAAACGUUUCUCUUUCUCUUGUCACGUAAUCUUCAUUAUAGAUAGGUUUUUUAUUAAUAAUAAGACUUGACAUCAGAAACUCUUUGUAUUAGAAGAGACUAUAAAAGUCACUAGUUUAACCACAACCCGACGUCAUCUUUAUCUAUUUCUCCAUCUCUCAGUUUUACAAAUGUAUUGAGAAAUCAGAAGAUUGGUUAUCUCUGGAACUUAGGAAUUUACUUUCUCAUAGCGAGAGGUAAGGCUGUUUGGUGUUUUUACUUUACCCUGAAAUAGCUGCUGCAAUGACUUUUGCUUCAGUUGGGGACUUGGUGUCAUACAACUUCAGUGUCUCAGAGACUUGGAGGAGUUUUCUUGUGGUUAUUUCACAUGUCUACAGACCGUGCUUCGUCACCCUGCUUUGCAAAUGUGUAUAGAAGUUGACGUUCGGUCCAUCUAAUUUUCAGAAUAUCUGCAUGAGCUUUCUAUUUCUUUUUUUUCUUGAGUUUUCUGUCUCUGAUAUUGAUUUUUUAUUACCCCUCUUUGGGAAAAAAAUUUGACUGUCCCAAGUAAUCAAAAGUUGGAAAUGUCCAAAUGUCUAAAUAUGUCAAGCCAAAGUUCCUGCUGAUCUAAUGUGCCUUAUUUCAGCAUUCCUGUAAUUUCCUAUAAAUAACCCUGUGUUUGUACUUGUGUCUGUGCUGCACCAACUGGAAAACUUGGUGAAGUUAUAAAACACAACCCCUUAAGAGUAUCUUAGAAAUAACAACAAACCCCUAACUGGAAUACAGGUCUCCCUCUACUCCUUUGCUAAAAGACCAACACAGACUUCGGAAACAUUCUUAAUUAUUUGCUACAAGUUGCUAAUAUGCACACACGACUAAAAGCCUUGAUUAGGAAGUCCAAGGCUAUAAAAUAUUGACAAGCACAUCCAGCGUGACCUCUCCCAAGACCAUCACAGAAAUCAGAAAACUCCAACAGAGGAGAUCCUCAAGUGUGUAUAUGAAUUCCUUCUCUACCACCGUCAUACCAGACACUACGGUAACACUUAAGGCUUUGAUUAAGUUGACCUUCCAAUUUCAACUUAAAUUGCAACGUAUCUGCCUAAUUACUGUCUGACAUACCUUUUAAACCAUCCAGUUCCCACUGCUCUCACAAUAAUUAUUGCAAAGCAGUAAGAGGAUAAUUGUUCAAGUAAAAUCGCCUGAAUUCUUGAAUCGAUUCUCCAUAACAAAGUUAUGGAACCCAUCAUCAUUGGCUUUUCAGUGUUCACUCUUGUUAAUUUCCAGAUCACUAUCCACACUGAAAGAGUCUAUGUUACUUUAAAUCCAGAAUAAAAAGCUGGAAAAAAUUAAUGCAAAUCAUAUGCUCGUGCUCAUCUUUUUCUAAUUUCUAAGAUCUAUUAACAUUUGAGAAUUACUUUAAUAAAAAAAGCCUCUCCUAAUGGACUAAAGAAAAAAAUAUAUAUUCAUGUUGAUUCCAGUAGAAAAACCUCAGUGACUUCUCUCAUUACCACUGGAGUAUUGAUUUUUUUAAAAAAAAAAAAUUCUGUCUCUUCCCUAGCAUUACAAAUAUAUAUAUAUAUAUAUAUAUUCAUGACCAAAAUAUCACUUACUAAUCAUGCAGCUGUAAACCUUUUGUGCCUAUCAAAUAGAUACAUAGCAUGAAACUAAUUUUAGACGUUCGUUACGUGGGAAGAGGUAUAGGAGUGGGUGGAUGGGAAUGAUUCAUGGGAAAAGUAAAGAUCAAAAUAUGCUAUCAAGCAGAAUUUUCAACUUCUUCAGAGCAAUGUGCAAAUAAAUAUUCAAUGAAGACCACCUCAAAUUUAAGUCGGCCAGACAUUGAGACACUGGGGCACAGAUCCUGUAAGUUAUGCUAAGAAACAUGUGACGUCCAGAAGGUAAAGGUGUCCUCAUUUAAGCUAAAACUCAGCCAUCAUCCACCUGUACCUCUUCUAGGGCACCAAUCCGAAAAUCAUUAAGGCUUUUGCUCUAGGGAAUUGGGUUACUUAGGUGCAAGUAAUGACCAAAAAGAGGCUUCUUGCUUAUCCCCGUCUGACUUACAAGGCAUGACCACGUUCUUUGAAUCCCUUAUACCAGGGACCAUGAGACAGCCAACCGCACACAGGAAAUAAAAUACAAUAAAAAAUAUAAAUAAUUUUCCUGAGGAAAAGAUAAGAAAGGGUCCUGUGUUCUGUAGACCCAGAGCUGGAUCUCUGUGAAGUUUAACCAUCUUGGGACCCAGACUCCAUCCUAUGGUCUAGACUUUGUGGUCAUGCCUAAGCGACCAUUUUAAAGCUAGUUUGAACAAAAAUAUACUCGAGUGUUAUAGUUUUAGCAGGGAAAUAAAAACUCAUGUGAAGUGUCUUCCACCAGGCUACUCUGAAAAUACCAUCAAGUGAAAUCAGAGCUUCCCUUGCUGAAAAAUGUUAAAAUCAUUUUAGGGAAAUGAAUUAAGUUUCUUUAGACACAAACACUUUGUGUUUAUUAGAACUAAAUCUCAGGGCCCUAGCUGAGAAGGGGGAAGUCUUUUCAUUGGUUGGUCAAAACAAAUCUCUCAUUUGCCUCAUUUGAGGCAUUUGGACAGUGCCUGGGAAGUACAUUAUUUUCAGGGGGAAAAAGAAACAGCCUUUUUUUUUUUUUUUUCGCAUGCCAGCUGGGAUCAUGGGAACUUCCAGUGCCAGGAAUUUACUACUGUUUCUGGUAAUUCUGCCUGUAGUCAUUUGAAACGUUGAAGGGUGAAAGGAGGAGAAGCCGGGCACCCAGAGGGCUGUCUGUGUUUCACGCCAGUUGGACCAGCGCAGAGAAUAUUUGUAAAUGCAUUUCGAAGUGGAUAUGAUUGUAGCCUUUGUCAGAAUCACAAAGCUCUCUGUGGAGCUGCUGAAAGAGAACACUGGGGGGAAAAUCCGACCCUCUACACCCAGUCAGCCCCAAACAAAAGGAAAGACGGUGGGUGAGCCCAUCACAUUGCGAGUUCGUUUCUGUUUUCCACAGCCCUGGACUUCAAAUCAAGGACAUGUCUGCCAGGUGAAGGUUAAUUUUGCUGAGGUUUUCCAAAACUUCAUUUAAUACUUGGAAAACUGAGCAUUUUGAAGUUACUCCAGUCCUCCGGGCAUCAUUCCUAUUUCCUUUGCCAUGUCAAUGAGACAUCGGAGACCACAUUUUUUCAUGGUAAAAUAAUGUUCGCAUACUUCAUGAUGACCUCAUGCUUGACAUACCUGAACCUGCAAAUGUAAAAACGAUUGUAUCUGAAUUUGCACUGAUGGUGUCUGAUAGCAGAAGACCUUUACUGGAAUCCUCUGUUUAAGUUCAGUAAUUCAGAUGCUACAUACUUCUGCAAGCUUCUUGAUUAUUUUCACUGUAAGAUUAAUUAUCAAGUUUGAAUGUAUUUCCUUACAGUCUAUUAAUUUGCCAUCUAUCUUUUACCGGGGAUAAUUAUGUUUGCAAUAAUUCAUUAACGUUCUCCUCACACAGCUUCUUAAACCAAGUUUUUCUGCAUUUCUUCUGCUUACAGUAUGUGGGGAAUCUUGUUUUGUUUUGGUUUUCUUCCUAGUAAUAAUUUUGUAAGAAAGCCAGUGUAUCGACUGCCAUGGUGACACAAUUUAUCUUUUAAGAUCUGGAAGCUGGUGGUGACCAAGUGCUAUGUGUGUUCUCUCUGUCGAUUGCAAUUUUCAGAAUUAAAUCAUGUUUUCUUUCACUUUCGGUUGGAGUUAACACGUUUGGGAUUUUUAGAAGGGAGAGAAGGGAGCAAUUUGCGUAAUACUGCUGUCAUAUUUGACUACAUAUUAAAAACAACAAAUGAUCAUUUUGUUUUAAUUUCUUAAA